AUGGGAGUUUUUCCUGAAGACAAAAACAUACGUGUCUCCUGGCUCGUAAAAGUAUGGGUUUGUGAAGGAUUUAUGAAAUCAAUUAGUGGCAAAAGCUUGGAAGCGGCUGCGAGAGAGUACUUGGAGGACCUUUGUGACAGAAAUCUCAUUUUAGUUCAUCAAAGAGGGUUGAAUGGAGGAAUAAAGUUUUGCAAGAUCCACGAUCUCGUAAGGGAACUAUGCUUAAGGGAAGCCGAGAAAGAGAAGUUCAUCUACGUCAGAAGACCGCAUGACCUUAACAUUCCACAAGGCAUUAUAAAUACCCGGCGUCGAAUUACUAUUCAUCAAAGCGCGUCGGAGAAGGAUUAUCUCCCUCAAGCUCGUCACGCGUUGGAAUGUAUGCCACUUGCUCGUUCUUUGAUUGUCGGACGCCAAGGAGUUUUACCGUCACUUAAUUAUUUUAGAUUGUUGAGGGUGCUAAAUGCGGUUGAUAAAUAUUUGAAUGAUCAUGUGUUUAGCCUAGAAGCUGUUUUUCAGCUGGUUAACUCGCGGUUCAUUGCUAUCACAUCUGAUAGGGAUCAAAAUGCCGAUUUUCCUUCGUCAAUCAACCUCCUUUGGAAUCUACAGACUUUAAUUGUCAAGGAGAGAGAUGCUUUUGCAUCAUCUGAAAUUUGGAAGAUGACUCAACUUAGGCAUGUUCAGUUCAAUCAACUUGAAAUGCCCGAUCCUCCUCUCGCCGAACCGGGACGAUGUUUUGCGCAAUUUCAUCCUCCCGAAUUCGCUCAAGAAGUUGACUUCGCACAGGACCAAUCUAUACUGGGAAGACAUGAAGACAAAGAUAGGUUUGUUACCCAAUCUUCAAGUCCUCAAACUGAAGUGACCUGGAACGGUGGACGACAGAGAGCGCCCACUUUCCACGCCCUUGAGCAACUUGAUCUCCGACACUUGGAUAGGUUGGAGGAGAUCCCGUCAGAUAUUGGAGAAAGACCAACGCUUCAAUCGAUUCGGGUACAAUAUUGUAGCAAGACAGUUGUCAUUUAUGCUAAAAGAAUAUUGGAUGAACAAGAAGAAUUUGACAACGUAGGCCUUCGAGUUCGAGUUGUCGCACGGAAUAUAAAAGACUUUGAGAGCUUGGCUAGUCCCAACUUUCAAGUUGAAGUAAUUUGGAUGAACUAG